AUGGAGAGUACAGACCUAGUACUCUCCAACCUUUAUUCAUUUGCAAAUUUCAAGCCUGGACUGACGCCAGAAAAGCAGUCACUAGGCCAGUCACCUGAGCGCUAUGAGUAUAAUUCAACGAAAGAAGUGCUUCUGUGCGAACGCGUUAUGGGAGUAGCCGCCAGCAGAGACAACGAUGAUUUAACUGAUAAUUUAGUAAAGCAUGGACAAAUUGUGUCAAAAGAAGUGGAAUUAGUGUUCAGACUUGUUGACAGAGGACGAUUCUUUCCUAGUGAAUAUAUCGAUGAAGCCUAUCGUGACAAUCCCUUCAAGGUGUGUCGUUCCUAG